ACAGCAAAGCCCUGAUAAAUCAUAUGAAUCACAUGAAUAUGGAAGCAUUUUAAGAUAUAUUAGAUUCAAAUCAUGACAGUGUUAGGCUACAACAUGGGGAUCAAAGUUUUAUUUAGGAAUAAAUAGGAGAUCAAAUCUGAUGAAAAAUGGCAGAGGUAUGUUGGCUCAGAACUUGAAGUGGAAACUAUGUUUUUGUAACUAUGGGAAAUAAACCAGGAAAGGAGGAUGAUGGACCCUCCAAAAAAUCGUCAUCACACGAGAAGACAAAAGGUGCCACGGGGGAGUCCAUCCCAGGUCGUCAGAGAUCAGCGGUCAGUGAAAGUACACAGGAGAGUACACCAGCCGUAACGGGGCACAGAACCAAACGUUACAGUGACAGUAACUUCACAAAGUCAGCAGCUGUAAAGGAGAAAACUGCAGACCCACAAAAGACUACCCAUGUCAGAUCUCCAAGUGCUGUCUGGAAAAAUGAUGGUGCAGAAGUUGUUGAAGUGACUAUUAAACAUGACCGUUUGGUAGUAGCAGCCAUUGACUUUGGUACCUAUGGAUCAGGAUUUGCCUUGUGCACUAGAUCCGAUUACAAAAAAGAUCGCAAUAAGAUUUUUGUACAUACUUGGAACAGUGGAACAGCUAUUACUAGCAAGGCGCCUACAACAGUACUGAUCAAACCGAAUGGGAAAGACUACGUCAGCUUUGGUUACGAGGCAGAGAGAGAUUUUGUGGACAUGGAUCCUUCAGAACAAAAGAAACACUACCUAUUCAGGCAGUUCAAAAUGAAGCUCUUUAAUAAUGCUGAACUCAAUGAAUCUACAAAACUCAAGGAUAUCACAGACAAGGAACUGCCUGCUGUUGACGUCUUUGCUGCAGUGAUGCGGUUUUUCCGUGAGAGCUUACAGAAACGACUGUCUACAAAGUCUACGGAAGACUUCACAUAUGAUGAUGUGUACUGGGUAGUCACUGUGCCCGCCAUCUGGGACCUCAGAGCCAAGCAGUUCAUGAGGAGGGCUGCUGAAAAGGCUGGACUGAAAGACUCGCAGUUGUCCUUGGCCCUAGAACCAGAAGCUGCAUCUAUGUACUGUCGUAAAGUCCCGGUAGAAAUAAGUACGCAGAGAGAUGGAGCCAAGCAGAUAGCCUCACUGCCCGCAGGGUCCAAGUAUCUGGUGCUGGAUUUGGGAGGGGGUACCAUAGACAUAACUGCCCAUGAAGUGACUUCUGAUGGGGGACUGAAAGAGCUACACCAGGCCAGUGGGGGGUACUAUGGGGGAACCUGUGUCAAUGACGAAAUCAUGAAAUUCUUCAAACGACUGUUUGGUGGACCUGUUUUAAUGAAGCUCAAAGAAGAAUAUCCUGGAGACUACCUCGAUCUUAUGAAUGAUAUUGAGAUGAAGAAGUGUACAUAUAGUCCCAAAAUGAACAAGGAGAAAAUCACACUUCGACUUCCUGUCACAUUGUUAAAUGCAUACAGGGAAGACACCGAAUGUGAAAUUGAGGAAUCGCUGGAGCAUACAACAUUUGCAGAUGAUGUGCAUGUAAAACGAGACAAGAUGACAAUUUCCAAAAAACUUUUCCAUACCUUCUUUACUAACUCUGUAGACAAUGUGGUUAGAAUUAUCAAGGAAAUCCUCGAUACCCCUGGAAUGUCUGAUGUCAGCACUUUGUUGGCAGUGGGUGGAUAUGCGGAGUCUCCAUUAAUGACAGAAACUCUAAAAACUGUGUUUGCUCACAAAAAAGUAGUGAUACCCACCGACCCAAGCCUAGCUGUGUUAAAGGGAGCAGUGAUCUAUGGCUAUGAGCCCGAGAUCAUAGCCUCCAGGGUGUGUAGGUACACCUACGGAAUCGCCAAACAAGGGAUUUGGCAGGAGGGAGAUCCAGAAAGCAAGAAACUGCCACAGACAACCAGAAAAGGACUCCACUGGUGUGACGAUGUCUUUGACAAACAUGUAGAAGUGGGACAGGUUGUUAAAGUCGGGGAGUUUCAGGAACCCAAAGAAUAUUUUGCUGUGGAAGGCCAGGAGAUGGCUCUGUUAGAUUUCUAUGCUUCCACGCAGAAAAAUCCCAGGUUUGUUGAUGAGCAGGGCUGCACCUGUGUUGGGUCUUUUGUUUUAGACCUGUCAGAAAGGAAUUCCAGGGGAAAUGUCUUAGUCCGGAUUGGAGUGGGUGGGACAGAAUUAGAGGUAGAGGCCAAGGAAGAAAAAACAGGUCGUGUUUUUAAAUCGUACUGUAACUUCCUGCCCUAGUCAAUAUCUCACAGUGAAUUUUUCUUUGAUUCUCCAGAAUUAAAUGGCAAUCAAGAAUACAGUGUAUCUGUUGGAUAAAAACCUUGUAAUCUUAUUUGAGUGUUUGUGUGUACAUGUGUACAUGUUAUGAAAGGUUAUUAAUGAAAAAUAUUUUUUAAUGAUUUACCGGUAAAAUUUUUUUGACAAGUUUUGUAGGUUUGGUGCAAAUAUCUGAUGCCAGUGAUGUAGAAUUUGUUUGUUUAAUAUAUUUUUAAAAAAUUUGUAUAUUUUGCUUCUACAAAGGAUGUACUAUGUAUAUUCAACCACAGUUCUAAGGUUGAACUGAAUAGACUGUAUAGAUGAUAAAUUCAUGUUGAUUAUUAUUGACAUAUCAAGAUCAGAUAAAUUAAUACACUGUAUAUUUGUUUGUCAGAAAAAAAUGUAUUUUUAUACAGUGCACUUUGAAGAUGUUAUGUUUAGAACUAUAGGUAGUUGUAAUGUACAUUUUGCUUUAUUCGAUGUUAAAAUUUAUCUGCAGAAUAGACACAAUUGAAAAUUUGAAAAUACAUAUGUGAAAUGAUUUCAUAAUGUCAUUAAUUUUUUUACCUCACCUUAGCUGAAAGCUCAAAUGAGCUUUUAUGAUCACAUUUUGUCUGGUAUCCAUCUGUCUGUAAACUUUUAAUAUUAUGAACUUCUUCUCAAGAGCCGUUUGGCCAAUUUCAACUGAAAGCAUUCCUACUUGAAGGAUAUACAAAAAAUGUUCAAAUAAAGGGUAAUGCCUUCUGUCCAGGGGGGAUAAUUAAGAAUUAGUUAAAAUUUGGUAUUAACAUUUGAAAUCUUCUGAAGAACCAUUUGGCCAGAAUUGUUGAAACUUUUAUUAAAUACUGUAGGUUCAAGUUUGUUCAAUUCAUAAUCCCAAGUGGUAUGAUGGUGUCAUUAUGGUUAAUCAAAUGUUUAUAUAAAAUGUACCUCUAGUUAAAAAAAUAUGUAGUUUAUUCUAUCUUUGUUCAGAUUUGUUCAAUUUGAAAUCAUAUCUAAUAUGAUUUUAAUUUUUACAUUUACAGGUUGAUAUUUGUUUUGACUAGUUUUAUUUUAAGAGAUUGAUCUUUCUCCCUGUAUUUAGAUAGUACAUCAUCAAUAUUUACAAUUUGAAAAUGGAGCUGAUCGAUUAGUCAAUUGUGUGCCAAAUAAUAGCCUUUAUAUAAGGUCUAUUAUAUAAUGAUUUCUGAUAAAACAUUAGUAAGACCUUUUCUGCUGUUAAUGAAUAUUUGAUGUAUAUAUGUAAUUAUGUAUGUAUGGCACUUUUGGAGAAAAAAUUAAAUAUAUUGCAGUUAAUGGAUGUGAACCAUUUUUUUUUAAAUUUGCAAAGAAUGUUAUAUGCUU